AUGAAAAUUGCCAGAUUGCAAGAGGAAUCCGUUGAGCUUGGAAUUGCAAUGUAUCGUGAAUCUUCGGUAUGCGUGGGCUCUGGGUUCAUUUUCAGAAAUAUAGCUCAUUGUCAGCAAAGAGUUGCGGAUUCUGACACUAUAAGGUGCAUAGAAGAGGAAAGAGAAGCGCUACUCGUUUUCAAACAAGGCCUGGCGGUGGACGAAUCUGGCCGUCUCUCUUCCUGGGGAGGUGAAAAUGAUAAAAGAAAUUGUUGCGAAUGGAGAGGACUCUAUUGUAGUCAAACGGGCCAUGUGGAAGGACUUGAUCUUAGUGACUACAAUAAUUUUGGUGAAAGUCCAAUCCCUGAGUUCAUUGGUUCCCUCAGCAAAUUGAGCUACCUCUCUCUCUCUUAUGCUCAAUUUGCUGGACCGAUUCCUCAUCAGCUCGGAAAUCUUUCAAGUUUGCAAUUUCUUGACUUGAGCGGAAAUGAUAACUUAUUUAGUGUUGGAAAUCUUGACUGGCUCUCUCAUCUUUCUUCUUUAAGAUAUCUUAAUUUGAGUGUCAUCGAUCUUAGUAAAUCAAAUGGUUGGUUUCAAGUAGUUAAGAAGCUCCCUUUCUUAACAGACUUGAAGCUAAAUGGGUGUAAUCUUCCACCUAUCUCUCCGUCAUCUCCCUCAGACGACGUCAAUUCUACUACAUUUCUUGCGAGCCUUGAUCUCUCUCAUAACAAUAUCGGUUCUGCGAUAUACUCUUGGUUGUUCAAUAUUAGUAGCAAUCUUGUUGAUCUUGUCCUUGAUUCUAAUCAUUUACAAGGAUUGCUUCCUGAUGCUUUCGGACACAUGAUUUCUCUUAGUCGUUUUUCUCUCAAGUCCAAUGACCUUGAAGGUGUGAUUCCAAAAUCCCUUGGGAGUAUGUCUAGCUUACUUACACUAGACUUGUCUUCCAAUAAAUUUAUAGGGUCAGUGCCUGAAUUUACAAGAUUUUCACCCUUAAAAGACUUGCGACUUGGAGAAAAUCAUUUAAAUGGAACCAUAACCAAAAGCAUUGGACAUAUGUCCGAGCUUGAGAGAUUGGAUCUUCACGGAAAUUCAUUGCAAGGUGUUAUUUAUGAAGACUUUUUCUUAAAUCUUACCAAAUUAAAGGAUUUGGACUUAUCUCAUAACUCUCUUGCUUUGGAAUUUAGCAAUGACUGGGUUCCUCCUUUUCACCUGUCCAGUGCAUUACUUGCCUCUUGCAAGAUGGGGCCUCAUUUUCCAAAAUGGCUUCGAACUCAGGAAUUUAUUGCUGUGCUUGAUAUCUCCAAUGCUGAAAUCUCAGAUACUAUUCCUGAUUGGUUUUGGGAUAUAUACCGUAACUUUGUCCAUUUUAAUAUCUCUCACAACCAAAUCAAGGGUAAUCUUCCAGAUUUCUCUUCAUUUACUCGGUUUAGUUUUGCCGGAGUAGAUUUCAGUUCAAACCAUCUUGAGGGUCCACUUUUAUCGCUUCCUUCAUGUAUAUCUUAUAUUGAUCUUUCUGGAAAUAAGUUUUCGGGACCAAUUUCUUUCAUAUGUUCUGUUUGUGUCCCAGGAGUAUCCCAUCUUGACCUUUCUAGUUUCUAG